AUGUCACUCUUCAAAAGUAACCAUGAAGAGGCAGAUACUCGCUUAAUCUUCAUGCGUGUCUUCAAGAUACGAAUGUGGUGGUCGUUGCAAAGGAUACAGAUGUAUUCUGUUCUGAUGGUGUAUGAAUAUUGUGUACAAAAAACAGCACACAAAUGGUAUAUGAAGAUUGACCAUGACAAGUAUGUUGACAUCGGUAAGGUAGCAGACUACUUGGGAGAGGAGAUCGCCACAAAGCUACCAGAUAUACACGCACUAGCUGGGUGUGAUUCCAUGCCCUCAUUUUUCGGUACGGGAAAAGUUAGAUUAAUCAAGAAACUGAUGAAACAAAGUAGCAGUUUGACAAGUGUACUGUAA